AUGGACAUUGAGGCAAUGCUACAGCGCCUCAAUCCAAAUGCGGAGGAGUAUGUCCCGUCGUCAGUGCAGCACAGGCCGACUGCUAUUGUUCGGACCAUUCCAUCCAGAUUCGCUUCUUCCAAGAGGAACUCCAUGAAGAAGGCGCAUAAGGUUCCUGCUUGUGCUGAACGUUGGCGACGACAGCCUAGAACGUCACAGAUUUCCACCGAAGAAUCCAUCAAGAGGACCGUUUAUGUCUCUGACAUUGAUCAGCAGGUUACAGAAGAACAACUUGCUACACUUUUCCUGUCCUGCGGCCAGGUUGUUGAUUGUCGAAUCUGUGGAGAUCCGAAUUCUAUCCUUCGAUUUGCUUUUGUGGAAUUCACAAACGAAGAGGGAGCAAAAAAGGCCCUGGCUGUAGCAGGAACCAUGCUGGGUUACUAUCCACUCCGCGUCUUACCUUCUAAGACUGCCAUUCUGCCAGUCAACCCCAACUAUCUACCCAAGAGCCAGGGCGAGAAGGAGAUGUGUGCUCGCACUAUCUAUUGUACCAACAUUGAUAAGAAGGUUGCUCAUUCUGAUAUGAAGCUCUUCUUUGAGUCACUCUGUGGAGAGGUUUCACGUCUUCGGUUGCUUGGAGACUCCCAGCACCCCACCAGGAUUGCCUUUGUAGAAUUUGUGAUGGCGGAGAGUGCAAUGGCUGCUCUGAAUUGCAGUGGAGCUAUAUUGGGUAGCCUGCCAAUCAGGGUCAGCCCUUCCAAGACGCCCUUGAGGCCAAGGGGUCCACGUCACCAUAUUCUACGCUAG